GCAGCACCUUAAAAACACCUGGAAGAAGAGAGAGAGCAGACGGAGCAAUGAGUGACUGCUCGGAACAAGAGGGGGGAGUCGGGGGCCAGGGAAAAGAUGGCCGGAGGGGAGACUCAGUGGGGGUGUCUCUUUGCUCUGUAGUAGGAGAACACCAGUUGGUCGGGAAGAGUCAAUUUACAGAAGACACAGGCGUUGGUGUAGGUGUCACCAAAGACCAGGAAGGAAGCAAAAAGGUGGCGAUUCCAGGACAGAAGAGAAAGGGGGACCCUGAAGAGACACCGAAGAAAGGGGACCAGAAAGAGGACAACCGAAAAUUACCAGAUCAAAAGGAGGCUCCAAAAUGUGGGAAAAACAAAGAGACAGCCAAGGAAGAUGUAAAAGGAGAAGAGAAAGGUGAGGACAAAGAAAAGCCUGACAGACACGCCAAACACCAAGGUCUACCCGAGGAGCUGAGAGCGACUAAACAAGUUCAAGCAGCGGAGAAGCAGGGCCAAAAGGAGAGUGCUGAGGAGCACAAGUCUGAAGUGACUGCUCAGGUACAACAGAAGCCUAAAGUGACUGCUCAGGUCCAAGAAAAGCCAAAAGAGACUGCUCAGAAACAGGAGAAGCCUAAAGUGAUUGCACAGGUACAAGAGAAGCCUAAAGUGACUGUUCAGGUACAAGAAAAGCCCAAGGAGACUGCUCAGGAACAGGAGAAGCCUAAAGUGAUUGCACAGGUACAAGGGAAGCCUAAAGUGACUGUUCAAGUACAAGAAAAGCCCAAAGAGACUACGCAGGAACAAGAGGAGCCUAUAGUGACUGCUCAGGUACAAGAAACGCCUAAAGAGACUGCUCAGGAACAGGAGAAGCCUAAAGUGAUUGCACAGGUACAAGAGAAGCCUAAUGUGACUGUUCAGGUACAAGAAAAGCCCAAAGAGACUGCUCAGGAACAAGAGAAACCUAAAAUUACUGCUCAAGAACAGCAGAAGCCUAUAGUGACUGCUCAGGUACAAUAUACGCCUAAAGAGACUGCUCAGGAACAGGAGAAGCCUAAAGUGACUGCCCAUGUACAAGAGAAGCCUAAAGUGACUGUUCAGGUACAAGUAAAGCCCAAAGAGACUGCUCAGGAACAGCAGAAGCCUGAAGUGACUGCUCAGGAACAGGAGAAGUGUAAAGUGACUGCUCAAGUACAAGAAAAGAUGAAAGAGACUGCUCAGGAACAGGAGAAGCCUAAAAAGACUGCUCAGGAACAGGAGAAGCCUAAAGUGACUGCUCAGGAACAGGAGAAGCCUAAAGUGACUGCUCAGGUACAAGAAAAGCCCAAAGAUAAUGCUCAAGUACAGGAGAAGCCUAAAGUAACUGUUCAGGUACAAGAAAGCCCCAAAGAGACUGCUGAAGAACAAGAGAAGCCUAAAGUGAGAGCCCUGGUACAAGAAAUACCUGAAGUGACUGUACAGGUACAAGAAAAGCCCAAAGAAAUUGUUCAAGAACAGGAGAAGCCUAAAGUGACAGUCAAGGUACAAGAAAAGCCCAAAGUGACUGCUAAGGAACAGGAGAAGCCCGAUGUAACAGACCAGGUACAAGAGAAACCUGAAGUGACAGCUCAGGCACUCGAAAGGCCCAGAGAGACUUCUCAAGAACAGAAGAAGGCUAAAGUGACGUUCCAGGUAGAUGAGAAGCCCAAAGAGAGUGUGCAUGAACAUGAAGAAGUCCUAAAGUACUUGGGAAGCCCAAAGAAAAUACCCAAGAACAGGAGACAGCUAAAGUGACAAUACAAAUACAAGAGAAGCCCAUAGUGACUACUGGAGAAUGUGACAAGCCCAAAGUGACAGCACAGGUUCAAGAGAAGCAAGAAGAACAGGAGAAGCCUAAAGUGACAGCCCAGUUACAGGAGAAGCCUGUAGUGACGGCUCAACCACAGGAGAAGCCCAAAGAGACUGCUGCUCAGAAGGAGGAGAACAAAGUGAUUGCUGGAGAACCAGAGAAGUCCAAAAUGUCAUCUCAGGAACAGGAAAAGUCAGCAGUGACUCCUGAGGGACCAGAAAAGCCAAGAGCGACAGUUCAUGUACAAGAGAAGCCUUAUGUGACAGCCCUUGAAUUGGAGAAGCCUAAACCUGCAUCUCAGGAACAGGAGAAGUCUACAGGGACAACUCAGGGACAAGAAAAGCCUAAAAUGACAGCCAAUGUGACAUCUCCAGGACAGGAGGAGCCUAAAGUAACAUCUCUGGAACAAGGGAAGAUCAAACAAACAGCUCAAGAAUUAGAGAAGCCGAUAAG